CAGUGACAUUGGCAUUGCAAUUGCAUCAAUGUUUGUAAAUUCUAGACGAUUCUCUGAUUUUCUAGAACUUACUUUGAUUUGAAAUCUACCUUGAAUCGGUCGAUAAAACACCAGUUGUUCUCUAACUACCGUUUCGUUUCUGCGAAGAAGUUUGGCGGAGAAGACGUGAGAGUUUGUUGUUGUAACGUGGUGUAAUUCGUGAAGUGUGUUUGAAAGUGAAUACGAUGGAUUCUAAUAAUCCGCAGAAUAAUGCUCCAGCUGUCGCUGGAGCAAUUACGUUUCCAUCAAGAAGCCAAGAUGUGCACCCAGCUCCAGUACAGCCAAGACAACCCAGAAAUUUACAGGGCUUGCUUCGAUUUGCUAUGGAGGCUACUAAGGCUGAAGAUGCUCCAGGAGACUCCACCUUAGGGCCUAUGGACGAAGAGCGCCGUAAAUUCCUCGAGGAAGCCCUAAAGAGCUUGACGGUGGACAUUGCUGAAGUCCUACAUACAUCCAUCACGACCCUGACUGACGCGGAGAAAAUGAAGAGCAUCCAGCUUGGGCAGCCACUGCCUGAAGACGUACAGUCCGCAUUUAAUAACCUGCUUGAGUACAUCGAUGACAUUGACGUUGCUAAUGAUUUCUACAAAAUGGGCGGCUUCGCAAUAUUCCCAAUAGCAUAUGGAAGUGAGAAUGACGAAAUCCGCGCUCUAGCCAGCACGGUGCUGGCAGAGGUGUGCCAGAACAACCCGUGUUGCCAGGCCAGGGCGCUGGAGUGCGGCAUCCUCAAUGUGCUGCUCAACCUCGUGCAGUCCGAGAGGGGACAGGCCCUCACCAAGUGCCUCUACGCUAUAUCCUGCGCCAGUCGUGAGUACUCGCCGGCGUGCCGCGAGCUGACGGCGCAGGGCGGCUGCGACACGCUGGCGGAACUGGUGGCUACGCCAGAGCCCGCCGCGCGCACCAAGGUCGCCUUCCUGAUCAGAUAUCUCUGCCAUCACUACCGUGAAGCCAAAGAACAAUUCAUAAAACUUAACCUGGUGAAGAUAAUAGCUGAGCAGAUCAAGAAGGGCAGGGAUGCCACGACCGAACACCUCCUGAGCACCCUGCUGGCACUAGUGGACGGCCCGGACCCCGUCGUACUCGCCCAGUGUCGGGACCCCAGCGUUGGGCUGCGGAACAUCUUGGAGGAUCUCCUCAAACACCCCGACCUGAUUGGCGAGAGGUUUAGAGAAGAGAGGGAUUAUUGCCAGGAGCUGCUGAAGCAGGUGUUCACCGAUUGUGCCCAGGUGGAGCCAAUGGACGACGUGGUCGCUGACAGGUAGACGUAUAUAACCCUAAGGAGACAUAAAUACAGCG